CAAUAAAGUCAACAAUUUAGAAAAUAUUUUAUUUUAUUUUAUUUAUGAAAUAUUCUAUUCUUGUUUGGAUAUAAAAAAAUUCUACGUACUACGAUGCAGCAGAAUUACAACAAAUAUUAACUGUGCUGUGUCAUACAACCUCGAAAAUGUGUUCAUCUCAUAUAAUAACAUUCUUUAGCCAGUGGAGAUUGUGGAUUAGACCAUUUGUAAUUGCGCUUUAUGCUAUAUUAGUUGUUGUAUUGGUGCCCAUACUUGUAGCUCAUUCAAUAAAAAAUGGCUUUAGAAAGUCUGACCAGGGAGCUCUCAUCGCGGGAGGAUUUGUCCUCCUUGCUCUACCUAUAUCUAUAUGGCAGAUUACUCAACAUAUAUUCCAUUAUACUAAGCCUUCAUUACAGAAACAUAUUAUAAGAAUACUAUGGAUGGUGCCUAUAUAUGCUCUCAAUGCAUGGAUUGGUCUAGAGUUUCCAGAGCAGUCAAUUUAUAUGGACUCUCUUAGAGAAUGCUAUGAGGCAUAUGUGAUUUACAACUUUAUGAAAUAUUUGUUGAACUAUCUAAAUGAUGGACAAGACUUAGAAGCUAUAUUAGAGAGCAAGCCACAGGUGUAUCACAUAUUUCCCUUAUGUUGUUUAACACCAUGGGAGAUGGGUAGCGAAUUCAUACAUAACUGUAAACAUGGUAUCCUCCAAUAUACAGUAGUAAGACCUAUAACUACAGUUAUAUCAAUGAUAUGCGAGUUAAGUGGAGUAUAUGGGGAGAGUGAUUUCAGCCCUAAGGUUGCAUUUCCAUACAUGAUAGCUGUGAACAAUCUCUCACAGUUUGUGGCGAUGUAUUGUUUGGUUCUCUUUUACAGAGCUAAUAGAACUGAACUAAAGCCAAUUAAACCAAUUGGAAAAUUUCUUUGUAUAAAAGCUGUUGUCUUCUUUUCAUUUUUCCAAGGUGUCAUUAUUAACAUUCUGGUAUAUUGUGGAGUAAUAUCAACAAUAUUUGAUAUAUCUGAACAAGACAAGAUAAAAAUUAUAUCAUCAAAGCUACAGGAUUUUCUCAUCUGCAUCGAGAUGUUCUUGGCAGCUAUCGCCCACCACUAUAGUUUCUCGUACAAGGAGUUCAUAUCGCAACAAGACCAAUCUCCAUCGUGUCUCGGUUCCUUCUUAGCCAUGUGGGACGUAUCCGAUGUUAAGAGGGAUAUAUCUGAGCAUCUGGGUGUAGUUGGGAGCUCAUUCAGUAGAAGACUCAGGGGGAAAUCCAUGUAUCACAUGGCGCGGGGGUAUGACGAAAGUUCAAGACUUGUGAGUGAGGAGGCUGCCUCUAGUUCUGCUCCCAACCUGUCAGUUAAUGCAGAACCUCCACCUGUUGAGGUGAGGCCAACCACGUAUGGUUCUAUACACACCUCCCUAACAGCGGACUCAACGAAUUCUGAAAGUGAACCACUACUUCAUGUUUCUGACGAGCAAUUAUCUGAUGACAACCCAAAAGUAUGAAGUAACGAUAUAUUUUAUGUGAUGUGAUAUUGUGACAAUUGGCUUCUUUUGCUUAUUGGCACUUAUGACUACAAGAUUAAGAUCUAUUUAGUAUGUAACUGUACAUACAUUCCUUGUUGUACAAUAUUUUUCUUUUUUAAUUAACAAUAAUUUAUUUUCCUAACUUGCUUUGCAGCAGAUUAAAAUUAUUGUUGUAAUCAUCACUGUAUCGAUGGUUGUAAUUAGUAAAGGUAUGUGAUUUUAACUAGUGAUAACUAAUUACAUAUAUACAAUUUGAUAACAUCACAACAUUGAUACUGAAAACCCCUAAUGCCUGCAUUAUAUAUUGAUUUUCACAAGCAAUUAAAGAAUCAGUUGGUAUUAAAAAAUUGCACUUAAAUAAUUUUCAAUGUUUUUAUUAUUAUUAAUAUUUCAAUUUUGUUAUUUAUGUAUUUAUUACUAUACAUUCUGUAUAAAUAUGAUAUCUGCUUUACCCGUCUUUACACAUGUAAGUUUUACUCACGCAAGUACCUUACGUAAGAAGCAUAUGAUAAAAUUACUAAGCACUUCAAAAUUUAUUGCAAUUUUUUGUAUAUUACCGUACAUUACUUAUCUAAGAAGAAAAUACAGAUUAUUGUGUUAGUUACUGAUGAAAUAAUUUAAAGAAUAUUGAAUCACUGAAAAUAUUAAAACGCGUCUUUAUGCCAUAUUAUCCUUAUGGAUUAUAUCACAUAAAGAUAUCCUGUUUUCAUAAGCCUCAGCUGUUUAUAUUGAGUUCGGAUUAUCAGUCAUUGCAUUUAUUACGAAAAAAAUAAAUAAAUGAACUUUUUCGCUUAUGCAUAGUUUUAUUAGUAUAUAUUUUUAUAUUGAUGGAAUCUGAGUUGUAAUGAAUUAUUUUAUUUUAAAUGCAUAACUGAUAACCUAUGAGUCCUAAAUGCCCGUGGACAAGUUGAUAUUGCACAUGUUUGACAGGGCCUCUACUGGUUCACUUGGAAUAUGUAAAGAAAUGCCAAAUCGUGUUGUACUUAACACACUUUAAAUAAAACCUAAAGUACACAUUAUAACUACUUACUACCAAAGUAUGUUACGUGCUAUUAAAUUUAUUAAUAUUGUAAUUUAGUAAUAGGAUAAUUUAAAUAUUAAUUAUUGUGUACCAAUGUAAAGUUAUAUUAAAAUUGUAUCCAUGAUCUAGUACUUAUAAAAAUGUAUAUAAUAAAUGACUAUAAAAUAUUGUAUAUAUUUUAUUAAUGUGAUAUUAUUUUAUAUUACCAAGAAGGUAUUG